GGGGAACCAAAUCUCCCCUAUCUGUUUCUUUCGCUCUCUGACCUAUGUUCAACGGAGGAACUAUCAAGGUCAAUCUGCUUUGGUCCUUCUGAGUUACUUCUGUUAAUCCAAGGAGCUUGUAAUUGAGAAAUUGUAAAUGCUCCUCUUGAUAACUUACCUGGAUGAUACUACUUAUACAAUUUAUGGUAUAUGGAAUAAUAGAGAAGUAUUUCUAUUUAUCGUUACUGGGGGGAAGUGGAGGAUGUGAUUAUGUGAAGCAACGUAAUAUUAUUAUAAUAUAUAUAUAUAUAUAUUUUUUGUUUUGAUUGCGCAAUGAGAGAUAAUCAUCUCUCAUCCCUUGUCUCACUUCACUCGCAUGUCAUGUGAUUUGAACGUAGAACUUUUUAUUUUCAGCUGAAAGAGAUACCCAUUAAAUUAUUUAAAUUGUU